AUGGCUGAACAGGCAAAGGGCUUGUUCGCAGAAUGUACCUUUGCCUUUGUGCCGAGUGCCCACCUAGCUCCCAAAGAAAUCAGCGAGUAUGCCGGCAUUGUUGAAGGUCGUGGCGGCACGGUCCUCGACCCAAGACGCGAUGGCUCCCUCAGACUCGAAGCGGUUUCUCACAUCAUCUCCAACACCAUCGACUUUCCCCAGUUCACCGAGACCCAGGCCUUUAUGAUCCCAGUCGUCAAUACCGACUGGAUUAAGGCAUCAGUCAAGAAGAACAAGCAGGCACAGGUCCGGCCAUACUCUCCCGAUCCGCGCAUGUUCUUUUCCAAGGUCAUCCUCACAACUGCUGGUCUGCCUGAAAUCGACAAGGAGACCAUCAUUGGUGCUACGCUGGCUAUGGGCGGCAUGGAAGGCGCCGAUGUGACACGACAGACCACUCAUAUCUGCGCUCUGACUACGGAAGAUCCUAAAUGUGUCAUCGCCAAUGAGAAGGGUCUCAAUUGCAAGAUUGUAUUGCCCCACUGGUUCGAAGAUUGCUUCAAGCUUGGCAAACGUAUACCCGAAGGCCCCUAUCUGCUCCCCAAUCCCGAAAUUCUUAGCCACGAUGAGAACCAAGGCGAAGUGCAAGCUCCCACAUACGACCAGCUCAACGGGGCGACCUCGACAAACCCCAACCAUCUCAGUGAUGGCCCGAGAAAACCAGCCACGAUAUUUCGGGACAAGGAUGUCAUGCUUUCAUGGGAUCUCAGCAUUACUCCACGAUCACUGGAAGCUGUGAAGCAACUCAUCAACAAUGGCGGUGGCAAGGUGGUCGACAAUGUUGACGAUUGCGACUACUUUAUUUGCCAGUAUCGUGACGGGGAACAGUACAUCAAGGCUGCUCAGUCAGGGAAGGACAUUGGCAAUCUCUCGUGGCUUUAUCACCUCAUAACGCAUAAUGAAUGGACGUCUCCGCUCCGCCGUCUACUUCACUACCCGGUUCCCAGAAAUGGCAUCCCCGGAUUCGAAGGUCUCAAGAUCUGUCUCUCCAACUACGGCGGUGACGCUCGCAUAUACCUCGAAAAUCUGAUCAAGGCGACCGGCGCCACAUACACCAAGACGAUGAAGGCCGAGAAUACACACCUCAUCACAGCAAGGAGCAGCAGUGAGAAAUAUGAGGCGGCCAAGGAUUGGAACAUCGAGACGGUCAACCACCUGUGGAUCGAAGAGAGUUACGCCAAGUGUGAGAUGCAGAGGGUUACUGUCCCCAAAUACUCUCAUUUCCCCGUUCGCACGAACUUGGGCGAGGUAAUCGGGCAGACCUUCUUUGAUGAGUAUUGCUUGCGAGAAACGUACUACCCGGGUGGUGGAGAGGGCUUGUCGCCCCAAGCGACACGGAAGCGCAAGAUCCUUGAAGCUGCUCAGGAGAACUCGUACUUGCAUGGGCCUGCCGAAGGGGUUGUGAUUGGCAGACAAGAGGACAAGAGUGAAGAGGCUAUCGACGACAGCUUCAUGACGCCUAUACGCCCUAAGAAAGGCGGCCGCGGAAAGGAGAAUGAUACCCCCUCGGAAAUGUCGACUGGAGGCCGAAGCGCCAAAAGCAAGGCUUUGACCAACCUACAGCGCAUCGCCCCCGAUAUUGCGCUGUACGAGAAGGAGAAGAAGCGCAGCAAGGAUAAGCAGGGCCCAUGGGGUGGUAAGCGUGCUGCAGACCAAAUCGACAGAGAAAGGGGUCGCACAUCAAGCCCAGCCCAGGCAAUGGAAGUAGAUGAGGAGGACGAAGAUUCAAGGCCUUCCAAGAAGCGGAAAUCAUUACGUCCAGAUGUGGAGAUGAGGAUCGUGCUGACGGGCUUCACGAGAUGGGUCAAUGCCAAGUCCAAGGAGGAUACAGAGAGGAGAAAACUCCGCGACAUGGGAAUCAUGAUAGUACAAGACGACAAGCCGUGCGACUAUCUCGCCGCUCCCCACAUGGUACGGACUGUCAAGUUCCUCAAAACCCUGGCCAAAGGGCCUACCGUCCUAUCGUCCAACUUCAUCGACGAGGCUCUCGAGAGAGGCGAGGUUCCUGACCCCGACGACUUCCUCCUAAAGGACGAGGAAAACGAAGCCAAGUUUGGCGUCAAGCUCGAGACGGCAGUCUCGCGUGCGAGAGCGAAUCUCGGGAAGCUGUUGUGGACAGUCCCCGUGUACUGCACUAACAACAUCUGCAACGGACCCGAAAGCUACAAAGCUAUCGCUGAGGCCAAUGGAGCCAUGUUCAAGCUGUAUCGCGCGCGCAGCGGCACGACCAUCAAGCCGACGACGGAAGAGGAGGACGGAGGCGCGCCGCCAGAGCCUGUCUAUCUUCUCAGCUCCAAUAGUGCCGACGAGCAGUCCCUCUGGCCCAAGUUUGAGGAGAUGGCGCGCAAGGGCCAUAUGGAGCCACGCAUCGUCGCAGCGGACUGGCUGUUGGAUGUCGCCAUGAAGCAGCAAGUCUCCUUUGACGAGAAGUACCUCGCCAAGAACUUUUUCCAAAAGAGCCUGUGA